GGGGAGGGACGCAGGCAAGGCGGAGGGCGGCGGGAGGCGGCAGCCGGUGCAGUCCCCGCGGCUCUCGCCCGAGCCCCGGCUACGCCACGCCAUGGCCCGGAGACCCCGGCACAGCAUCUACAGCAGUGAUGAAGAUGAUGAAGACAUUGAGAUGUGUGACCAUGACUAUGAUGGGCUGCUUCCCAAGUCUGGAAAACGUCACUUGGGGAAAACUAGGUGGACCAGGGAAGAGGAUGAAAAACUAAAAAAGCUGGUGGAACAGCAUGGAACAGAUGACUGGAAAGUAAUUGCCAAUUAUCUCCCGAACCGGACAGAUGUUCAGUGCCAGCACCGAUGGCAGAAAGUCCUAAACCCUGAGCUCAUCAAGGGCCCCUGGACCAAAGAAGAAGAUCAGAGAGUUAUAGAGCUUGUACAGAAAUAUGGUCCGAAACGUUGGUCUGUUAUUGCCAAGCACUUGAAAGGGAGAAUUGGAAAACAAUGUAGGGAGAGGUGGCAUAACCACUUGAAUCCAGAAGUGAAGAAAACCUCCUGGACAGAAGAGGAAGACAGAAUUAUUUACCAGGCACACAAGAGGCUGGGGAACAGAUGGGCAGAAAUCGCAAAGCUACUACCUGGACGAACUGAUAACGCCAUCAAGAACCACUGGAAUUCUACGAUGCGUCGGAAGGUAGAACAGGAAGGGUAUCUACAGGAGUCUUCAAAACCCAGCCAGCCAGCAGUGGCCUCCAGUUUCCAGAAGAACAAUCAUUUGAUGGGUUUUGCUCAUGCCCCACCUUCAUCUCAACUCACUCCAACUGGCCAGCCCUCCAUUAACAGUGAUUAUCCCUAUUACCACAUUUCGGAAGCACAAAACGUUUCCAGUCACGUUCCAUAUCCUGUAGCGUUACAUGUAAAUAUCGUCAAUGUCCCUCAGCCGGCUGCUGCCGCCAUUCAGAGACACUAUAAUGAUGAAGACCCUGAGAAGGAAAAGCGAAUAAAGGAAUUGGAGUUGCUUCUAAUGUCAACUGAGAAUGAGCUGAAAGUACAGCAGGCAUUACCAGCACAGAACCACACUUGCAGUGACCCUGGGUGGCACAGCACCUCCAUUGCCGACCACACCAGACCUCAUGGAGACAGUGCACCUGUUUCCUGUUUGGGAGAACUCCACUCUACGCCAUCUCUGCCUGCAGACCCCGGCUCCUUACCUGAAGAAAGUGCCUCGCCAGCCAGGUGCAUGAUCGUCCACCAGGGCACCAUUCUGGAUAAUGUUAAGAACCUUUUAGAAUUUGCAGAAACACUCCAAUUUAUAGAUUCUUUCUUAAAUACUUCUAGUAGCCAUGAAAACUUAGACUUGGACAUGCCUUCUUUAACUUCCACUCCUCUCAAUGGUCAUAAAUUGACUGUUACAACGCCAUUUCACAGAGACCAGACUAUGAAAACUCAAAAGGAAAAUUCCAUUUUUAGAACACCAGCUAUCAAAAGAUCCAUCCUUGAAAGCUCUCCAAGAACUCCUACACCAUUCAAGCAUGCACUUGCAGCUCAAGAAAUUAAAUACGGUCCCCUGAAGAUGCUACCUCAGACACCCUCUCAUCUAGAAGAAGACCUACAGGAUGUGAUCAAACAGGAACCAGAUGAAUCUGGAAUUGUAGCUGAGUUCCAAGAGAAUGGACCGCCCUUACUGAAGAAAAUCAAACAAGAGGUGGAGUCGCCGACAGAUAAAGGGAGAAAUUUCUUCUGCUCCAACCACUGGGAAGGGAACAGUCUGAACACCCAGCUCUUCACUCAGGCAUCUCCUGUGGCAGAUGCUCCAAAUAUUCUUACAAGCUCUGUUUUAAUGACACCUGUAUCAGAAGAUGGAGACAAUGUUCUCAAAGCAUUCACAGUCCCUAAAAACAGGUCCCUGGUGAGUCCCUUGCAGCCUUGCAGUGGUGCCUGGGAGCCAGCAUCCUGUGGCAAGACAGAAGAUCAGAUGACAGCUUCCAGUCAGGCUCGCAAAUAUGUGAACGCCUUCUCCGCCCGGACUCUGGUCAUGUGAGAUGUUUCCAGAAAAGCAUUAUGGUUUUCAGAACACUUCAAGUUGGCUUGAUGUGUCAUUUCUCGAUAUGAAACUCUUCAUGAUUGGGAGAAGAACCUAUUUUUGUUGUGGUACAACAGUUGAGAGCAGCACCAAGUGCAUUAGUUGGGUGAAGUUGUAUUGGAUUUCACCCAACUAAGAGGAUAUUUUUAAAAAAAUAAAUAAAUGAAUUAACAGUCUUACCUAAAUUAUUAGGUAAUGAAUUGUAACCAUUUGUUAAUAUCUUAAUGCAGAUUUUAAAAGGAAAAAAAAACAAAAUGAUAUAUCUGUAUUUUAGAGAAUCCAACAGAUCAGUAUUUUUGACUGUGAUACUUUUUUUUAAAAAAAUUACACAAAAAGGUACUCCAGUAUUUAACUUUUCUCAAUCACUAAACAUUCACACAGAUUUUUUCUUCGAAUCAAUAAAAGCAUUACUAUGAAUGUUGGCUAAAUAUCAUGGGACAGUUAGUGGAGGUAGUAAGUGCUCAUUUGAGGUACAUUUAUUGUACUAAACCAUUUUAUGAAUUUUUGUUAGCUUGCUUUAAAAAUUAUUACUGUAUGAAAUAGUUUUAUAAAAAAUUAUAUUUUUAUUCAGUAAUUUAAUUUUGUAAAUGCCAAAUGAAAACUGUGUUUUGCUGCUAUGGUUUUAGCCUGUAGACAUGCUGCUAGUAUCAGAGGGCCAGUAGAGCUUGGAUGGAAAGAAAAGAAACUUG